AAUCGUUUGGUAUCCAUUUACAAUGGCGUUCGAGGGUAUUCUUCAAGGUGCUUUAGAAAGGUUGGGUACUACAGCUUGCAAUGAGAUUAGUCUGGCUUGGGGUGUCGAGGAUGAGCUGAGAAGGCUUAAACAAAGAUUGGAGGUUAUUGCGGCUGUAACAUCCGAUGCGGAGAGAAAGCAGGUGAACGAUGCUGCUGUUUCACUUUGGUUAAAAAGGCUCAAGGAAGUUUCUUAUGAUGCUGAUGAUGUUCUGGAUGAAAUUUGUUACGAAGCUAUGCGUCGAUCUAAUAAGAACAGUAAGGUAAAAGUUUUCUUCUCAUCAUCCAAUCAAGUUGCCUUUCGUUUAAAAAUGUCUCGUAGAAUUAAAGGUAUCAAUACGCAGUUGAAUCAAAUAGCAGAUGAUAUGGAAAGAUUUCAUUUUCAAACUAAUAGCAGUACUAGCAGCGGUGGAUACCAGCAAAACCGGCUAACUACUUCAUUAUUUGGAGAUGUUUCAAAAUUUGUAGGGAGAAAAGUAGAUAGAUCAAAUAUAGUAAGGAUGUUAACGACGAUGAGCAUAUCAUCGUCAGUGUCUUCACCGUCAUCUUCUUCUGUAAAUUCUGAUCAACAUGAAAAAGUCUCUGUCAUAUCCAUAGUGGGCAUGGGGGGACUUGGAAAGACCAGUCUAGCACAAUCUAUCUACAGUGACAAAUCAGUAGAGAAAUACUUUGAAAAAAAAAUGUGGGUCUGUAUCUCUGAUGAUUUCGAUGUUCUUAAAAUUUUAAAAAACAUUAUGGAGUCCGCCACAUUUUCUAAAUGCCAAGAGUUCUCAAACCCUCAAGUAUUAGUAAAAAAUGUUAGAGAAAUAUUACAAGGAAGAAAAUAUUUGCUAGUUCUAGAUGACUUGUGGAAUGAAGACCCCAUGGAAUGGAAUAAACUUAAGAGCGUCCUGGACUUCGGCGCAGUUGGCAGUAAAAUUCUAAUCACUACACGCAGUCAAAUAGUUGCAUCAGUGGUGCAAGGUUUAAUUCCUCCUUACAAUCUAAAUGUAUUAUCUGAAGCAGAAUGUUGGUCUAUUAUCAAGAACAAAGCAUUUGCUCCAGGUGGAGCAUCUGAGACUGCAAAUAUGAAAAUUAUAGGAGAGCAAAUAGCAAAAAGAUGUGGAGGUUUGCCGCUUGCUGCAAGCUUUUUUGGUUCUCUUAUGUUCUUGCAGAGUGAUGAAAGGCAUUGGUUAUCUUUUAGAGACAACAAAAGCUUAGAAACACCAGAAAAUCAUAACGGUGGAAUCAUACCAAUUUUGAAAUUGAGUUACGAUACUUUACCAUCCCAUUUGAAACAAUGUUUCUCAUAUUGUUGUUUGUUUCCGAAAGAUUGGAGAUAUAAUAGAGAAACAAUGAUUCGAUUGUGGAUGGCAGAAGGAUUCAUUCAUCCAUCUCAUGGAGGAAAUCGAAACUCACUCGAAGAUAUCGGUAAUGAUUAUUUCCUUAGUUUGUUAUCUAGCUCUUUCUUUCAAGAUGUAGAAACGGAUGACCACUUUGGUGACAUUGAAACAUUUAAGAUGCAUGAUCUAGUACAUGAUCUCGCGUUAAGUGUCAUUGACAGUCAUGAAGUCGCAUAUCUAAAUACAAGUGCAAUGGAAAAUGAUGUAUCUCGAAUUCGUCGGCUACGAUUAAUGUUGGAAGGAACAUCACAAAAAAAAGUUGAUGUAUUAAAACAUGCAACAAAACUGCGGACAAUUUUUUUUCAAAAAGAAGAUUAUGCUUCUCCGUUUGAUACAAUUCUUGAAAUUCCGAGUCCACUGAGAAAUAUUCGUGUAAUACAUCGGCUAUUUGGUCCUUCCGGUCGUGUGAAAACUACAUCUUCCAGUUUCAAUUUUAAACACAUGAGGUACCUUGACCUCAGUUAUUCUAAUCUCAAAACCCUCAACCUUAAUCAGCUCUACAACCUCCAAACUCUCAAUCUUCAUGUUUCACAUAAUUUCCAAAAGAUUGUCAAAGGAAUUGGUUCUUUGAUUAACUUGCGACAUCUAGAUCUCACUCAUUCUGACGCCAAAUUUCUACCGAAUUCUAUUACGAGGCUCACUAAUCUGCAUACUUUAGCUAUCAGAUCGUGUCGGCUUUGCGUGUUACCCUCAAGUAUUGGGAAUCUCCAAAAUCUAUCGUCUCUUGACAUUUCAUUUACAAAAAUCUCAGUAUUACCCGAUUCAUUUUCCCUCCUCCAAAAAUUAAGGAAUUUCAGCUUCAAAUAUUGCAGUCAAUUAGAUGCACUACCUCGUAACUUUGGAGAUUUGACACAACUAAGGUCACUUGAUUUAACUGGUACUGGAAUAACAGAAUUGCCCGAGUCUUUGACCAGCAACCUCUGUAAAUUAGAGAUAGUGAAAUUUAGAUGUGACUCUAAGUUUCCCAUAGACAUUAACAAUUGGGUGGAGUUGAGACGUCUGACUCUGGAGUAUGAGGGAAUGAUGAUAGAAAAUGUAAGAAUUCCCAGGGGUAUUGAAAACCUAACUCGCCUCGAAGAAUUAGUUCCUUACAUCGUGAGGAAAGAAGAUGAUACCUGCAGUCAUAAUUCAAGUUCUGGUUCUAUGCAAGAAUUAGCAGAUCUAAACUCCCUUCGGAGGUUAUCCAUCGUAAGUCUAGAGAAUGCGAGAGGUGGAAAAAUAGAGUCAGAGAGGGCAAAGUUAAAAGACAAGCUAAACAUUCAAUAUUUGAGUCUACAAUGGAGAUCCAAAAAAGAAGAAGAAGAAGAAGAAGUGUCUGAAAAUAAUUCUAUUAUGGUACUGGAAGGUCUCCAACCCCACCCAAACUUGGAGAGAUUGUCCAUUGAGGGCUUUCCUGGUUUAAAGAUUCCGAAGUGGAUAGGAUCAUCUUCUUGUCAUCCUAAUUUAGUGAAAUUAAGGUUUAGCGACUGCAAGAGUUGUGAAAAAUUAGUAGGUCUGGGUCAACUUCCAUGUCUUCAGAAUCUUCGGAUAGAAGGAAUGAAUUCGGUCAAGUAUAUAGGUAAUGAGUUUUAUUACCAGCAACAAGAAGAAGAAGAUGAAGAAGAAAGCAAAGGUUGUGCAAUAGCUGCUACACCAACAUCAAGAAGAACAUCAUUCCCUUCGUUAACUAAGUUGGGAAUUGUCAAGUUGGAAAACUUAGAAGAAUGGUUAGCACCUCCGCCACCACAUAAUUCCUUCCCUUGCCUUAAGAGAGUAUAUAUCUUUGAGUGCGGUAAUUUGGCAUGUAUACCAGAUUUACUUUGUUCUGUCUUAAUAAGGGGUUGCAAAAAGUUGGAAUAG